AUGGUGAAGCAGAUUGAUAGCAAGGAAGAUUUUCAGGCUGCCCUGAACAAUGCUGGAGAGAAGUUUGUAGUGGUUGACUUCUCACCCACAUGGUGUGGGCCUUGCAAACGGACCAAGCCUUUCUGUCAUUCCCUCUGUGAAAAGUAUGGCAAAGUGGUUUUCCUUGAAGUUGAUGUGGAUGACUGUCAGGAUGUUGCUUCAGAGUGUGAAGUCAAAUGCAUGCCAGCAUUUCAGUUUUGUAAAAAGGGACAUAGGGUGGGUGAAUUCUCUGGUGCUAAUAACGAAAAACUUGAAACUACCAUUAAUGAGUUAAGUUAA